AUGUUAUCUUCUAUACAAGGGAUUGGCAACCCUUGUGAGCUGCAAAGCAGGCAUUGGCACGCCGCCGUGCCACAUAUCUUAAUUGUGGACCCCUUCCCGAGUGCCCAACUGCAAGUGGCACGCGUGCCUUAUUCCUAUGGAAAUCAAGGCAACCAAGGUUAUGGACAAGCAUCACAAAGCUAUCCUGGCUAUGGGCAAGCAGCUGAUUCUUCAUAUGGACAGAACUAUGGUAGCUAUUCUAGUUAUGGACAAAACCAAUCAGGUUAUUCACAGUCCUAUGGUGGCUAUGAGAAUCAAAAACAGAGCUCAUAUGGCCAACAGUCUUACAAUAACCAGGGACAACAAAACACGGAAUCAUCAGGAGGCCAAGGUGGAAGAGCACCUUCGUAUGAUCAGUCAGACUAUGGUCAGCAAGACUCAUAUAACCAGCAGUCAGGCUAUGAUCAGCAUCAAGGCUCCUAUGAUGAUCCGUCAAAUUAUGACCAACAGCAUGAGUCCUAUAAUCAAAACCAACAGUCCUACCAUUCACAAAGGGAAAAUUACAGUCACCACACACAAGAUGACCGUCGUGAUGUGAGUAGGUAUGGAGAAGAUAAUAGAGGAUAUGGCGGGUCACAGGGAGGAGGUAGAGGGCGUGGGGGAUAUGACAAGGACGGAAGAGGUCCUAUGACAGCAUCAAGUGGUGGUGACCGCGGUGGCUUCAAAAAUUUUGGUGGCCACAGGGAUUUUGGACCCAGACCAGAUGCUGAUUCAGAGUCUGAUAAUUCAGAUAACAACACAAUCUUUGUUCAAGGACUUGGGGAGGGUGUAUCUACAGAUCAAGUUGGGGAAUUCUUUAAACAAAUAGGAAUUAUCAAGACAAAUAAGAAGACUGGAAAACCAAUGAUAAAUUUGUACACAGACAAGGACACUGGGAAACCCAAAGGAGAAGCCACAGUGUCAUUUGAUGAUCCUCCUUCAGCAAAGGCAGCCAUUGACUGGUUUGAUGGAAAAGAAUUCCAUGGCAAUAUCAUUAAAGUGUCAUUUGCCACCAGAAGACCUGAAUUCAUGAGAGGAGGUGGAAGUGGAGGAGGGCGGCGAGGCCGUGGAGGAUAUAGAGGCCGAGGAGGCUUUCCAGGAAGAGGUGGAGACCCUAAAAGUGGGGAUUGGGUUUGUCCUAAUCCGUCUUGUGGAAAUAUGAAUUUUGCUCGAAGGAAUUCUUGCAAUCAGUGCAAUGAGCCCAGACCAGAGGAUUCUCGUCCCAUGGGAGGAGAUUUUCGGGGAAGAGGCUACGGUGGAGAGAGGGGCUACAGAGGUCGCGGGGGUAGAGGUGGAGACCGGGGUGGCUAUGGUGGAGAUCGGAGUGGGGGUGGCUAUGGUGGAGACAGAAGUGGCGGUGGCUAUGGAGGAGAUAGAAGUGGGGGUGGUUAUGGUGGGGAUCGAAGCGGUGGCUAUGGUGGGGAUCGAGGAAGUGGUUAUGGUGGGGACCGAGGUGGUGGCUAUGGUGGAGACCGAGGAAGCGGCUAUGGUGGAGACCGAGGAAGCGGCUAUGGUGGAGACCGAGGAGGCGGCUAUGGAAGUGACCGAGGAGGUGGCUAUGGAGGAGACCGUGGAGGCUAUGGUGGAGACCGUGGUGGCUAUGGAGGAGACCGAGGUGGUUAUGGAGGAGACCGAGGUGGCUAUGGAGGAGACCGAAGUGGGGGGGGCUAUGGAGGAGACCGUGGUGGCAGCGGCUAUGGUGGAGACAGAAGUGGAGGCUACGGGGGAGACAGGAGUGGUGGCGGCUAUGGAGGAGACCGAGGUGGAAGCUACGGAGGAGACAGAAGUGGCUAUGGAGGCAAGAUGGGAGGAAGAAACGACUACAGAAAUGAUCAGCGCAACCGACCAUACUGAUGACUGUUUUGGGUGUUCCUUUGUCUCUGACAUGAUCCAUUGUGAAAUUGCCAGAGUUUCGCCUGCUGCUUUCCUUGUGGCCUCUACUUGGGUAGUGAAAUUAAGUGACAUUGUAUUUUUA